CUGCAGUUCUAAUAAAGGAACGAGCUGUGUCCUCUGCCUCAUCAGAUCGCUCUGCUCUGCUUUGUCUGUCUCGUUUCUGUCCGUCCUGCAGUGGAGCUGGGACGCUCGCAGCCUCUGGAUCAUUUGCUCAGGAAGGAUCUCGUCUACUCUUCAGUAAUCUGCUCUUUUCCAACCGAAGUGUUUGAAACUGAGACUGCAGGAGAGUGAGAAACAAGAUGCUUUCUUGUUUAUUUGACCUGUGUUAAAGCGUGAAUAUAUAUUGGACAGAGUGUAUGGUGUUGCCAACGCCAUUGGAAAUGCUGGGGUGUCCAGGGAGGUUAUUUCUGGAUUAGUGACAGCGUGUCAAUGGCUGCAGAUGCAUCGCAAAGGAAGGCUCUGAGAUACCAGCAGACCCUGCUGUACGGUGAGUACAGGGAGCAGCUGGGGAACUUGGCCCGACGGGAGGCCGCCCGAUUGCUGACAGAGAGACAAUGGAGAAGACAAGCAGAGGAGAACUCCAGGGCCACGGGCCGCAGAGGCCUCGGCCGACGACAUCAACUUCAUCAAAACCCUGCGAUCCUGGAGUCACAUCCCAGCCACGGCUCCUCCACCAAAAAGCCCCGGCCUUACUCCAAAUGUCAAGAUUGUUUGGCUCGAGUGAGGCGGUACAUCGUGACGAAGAUGGGGGAGGACUGGAUUUUUCUGAUUCUGCUGGGGCUGACCAUGGCUCUGGUCAGCUGGAGCAUGGACUACGCCAGCGCCAAGAGUUUACAAGCCUACAAAUGGAUCCACGGGGAGCUUAAAGGCAACGUGCCACUCCAGUACCUCGCCUGGGUUACAUAUCCCAUAAUCCUUGUUGUGUUUGCUUCACUUUUCUGUCACCUGAUUUCUCCUCAAGCCAUCGGUUCUGGUAUUCCAGAGCUGAAAACCAUCCUGAGAGGGGUAGUCCUAAAGGAGUAUUUGACCCUCAAAGCAUUUGUAGCUAAAGUCAUCGGUCUGACUGCUGCCCUCGGCAGCGGGAUGCCAGUGGGCAAAGAGGGCCCAUUUGUCCACAUCGCCAGCAUUUGUGCUGCAGUACUGAGUCGAUUCAUGUCCAUCUUCUCUGGAGUAUAUGAGAACCCUUACGGUUACACAGAUAUACUGACUGUCGGCUGUGCCGUGGGGGUGGGAUGCUGUUUCGGCACUCCACUAGGAGGGGUGCUGUUCAGUAUUGAGGUCACGUCUACCUACUUUGCUGUGAGGAAUUACUGGCGGGGAUACUUCGCUGCCACGUUCAGCGCCUUCAUAUUCAGGGUGCUCUCUGUUUGGAACAAGGAUGCUGUCACGAUCACAGCUCUGUUCAAAACCAACUUCCGGAUGGAUUUCCCCUUUGACCUGCAGGAGCUUCCUGCUUUUGCAAUAAUAGGGAUCUCAUGUGGCUUCCUGGGAGCGUUCUUUGUUUACCUGAACAGACAGGUGGUUCUUUUUAUGAGAAGACCGACGGCUCUCACUCGCUUUCUAACCAAACAUCGUUUGAUCUAUCCAGGUGCAGUGACUCUAAUCAUCGCCACCUUCACGUUUCCCCCUGGGUUUGGGCAGUUUAUGGCUGGAGAGCUCAUGCCCAGAGAGUGCAUCAACUCUCUGUUUGAUAAUUUCACCUGGACCAAAAUCUCAGAGCUCCCGGCUCCUCCUGGCCUCGGCCGCUCUUCCGCCUGGCUUCACCCUAGUGUCAGCGUCUUCGUCAUCCUCCUCCUCUUCUUCAUCAUGAAGUUCUGGAUGUCAGCAGUUUCCACCACGAUGCCCAUCCCCUCCGGUGCCUUCAUGCCAGUGUUCAUUCUAGGAGCUGCUUUUGGUCGACUCGUCGGUGAGAUCAUGGCCACUCUUUUCCCGAACGGAAUCCUGUUUGAUGGGAUAGUGUACCGCAUCCUGCCAGGAGGCUACGCUGUCAUUGGAGCGGCAGCGAUGACAGGCGCCGUCACACACACCGUUUCCACGGCGGUCAUCUGCUUCGAGCUGACGGGUCAAAUCUCCCACAUCUUACCUAUGAUGGUGGCGGUCAUCCUGGCCAACAUGGUGGCACAGGGUCUGCAGCCUUCUCUCUACGACUCCAUCAUCCAGGUGAAGAAGCUGCCCUACCUUCCUGAGCUGGCUCUUGGACACAUCAGCAAGUAUAACAUCUUUGUGGAGGACAUCAUGGUGCGUAAAGUGAAAUUCUUAUCCUCUCACUCCACGUUUCGGGAACUAAACCACCUGUUAGAGAACACAACUCUGAAAACCAUCCCGCUUGUCGACUCCAAAGAAUCCAUGAUUCUUCUCGGCUCGAUUGAGAGGACGGAGCUGCAGGCCGUCUUAGACUGGUGGCUCUCUGCAGAAAGGCGAGUGUUUGAAAGAGGUCAAAGUUCACCGGACCAAGGCUCCAAAAUCAGCUGGGAGUCCUUCACCUUUGUGGACGAGGAUGGAGAGGAAAGUCCUGAUAAGACUGGGACUUCUGCGCAGGAGGAGUGUAACGGACCCGUCCCGGCCCCCAGCCUUCAGGAGCCCUCCACCAACCACACAGGCUCAAGUAACUCCGCUCCUCCACCGCACGUCAGCACAGACAAACGCAAGCUGUCAUCUGUCAGGAGGACUGUUCAGCGACUCUUCUCCUCCACAUCUUCGACAGGCCCAACAGAAACUCAGGAACCUUCGCCUCCUCCGCUAGCUGACACCUUGUCCCCCGAGGAGAUCAAAGUCUGGGAGGAGGUGGAGCUGGACAAACCAGUGGAUUUGGAGCAGAUCCACAUAGACCCCUCCCCGUUUCAGCUGGUGGAGAGAACAUCUCUGCACAAAACCCACACUCUGUUCUCCCUGCUGGGUCUCAGUCAUGCCUAUGUCACCAGCAUUGGGAAGCUGGUGGGCGUUGUGGCGCUGAAAGAGCUCCAGAAGGCUAUAGAGGGCUCGACUCGCAGCGGGGUGAGGCUUCGACCCCCCCUGGCCAGCUUCAGAGAUGCCAGCAGGAAAGCCAAGAAGCACCCGCCCCCCUCGUCCGCCACCUCCUCGCCCACGCGGGACAGAGACCUGUGGGGAGAAGGGAGCAGAAGGGAGAGCGUGAUGCUGAGGAGGGAGUCCUGGGAUGAUUCCCGGGGAAAGACUCCCGGGUCUGAAACAGCCUUCUCCUCUCCUAGCAGCUCUGCCAACGCAAGAGGAGCAGAGGGGGAUUCUCAGGAGGCAGCGUCCCCCUCCACCUCCUCCUCUACCUCAUCUUCACCUCCUGCCUCCUCUGGGACACACACAAGCCCUGUCCUCACGCUGUCCUCCCUGCCAGAGGAGAGGGAGAGCGAGGAGUCCGAUGAGCCUUUAUAACAAGGAGAAGGACCUCUUUUCUGUUUUGGAUUUGACUCCUUUUGCCCAGAGACAGAGCUGCAGUCUAGGAGGAGGAGGAGUCAGGCCUCCUGCAGCAUCCCUCCCACCCCCCACCCCACCCACAGACUCUCAUCCAGCAGGAUCAGCUGCUUCACACAAAGCUCUUAAAACAUUUAGUUCAGGAUAGUUUUUUUCUAUUUUCACAAAGUCUCACUUUUUUUAAGCCUCAGGUGCCUUCGUCUGUCUUCUGAA